ACGCACACACACACGCACACACACAUACACACACAACCAGUCCUCUCAACCUUCAGAUCAGUACAUCCCACUAUGCUUUGCGAUGGUCUGACAAGUGGAUCCAAGAUGGCGUAGAAAGUAAAGCUAGACGUUUUGUCCCUGAGUCAUGGCGGACAGGAGAGCGGAGAAGUCAUGUGAAGAAGCCAGCAGAUCGUUAGUCAGGCGGGAGUACGAGGCGGCAGUCAGCCACAGCACGGACGCCCUAGUGGUCCUUGUACCCCAAGCCCCAUCAUCCGGUGCCCCUGUCCCGCCGAGCCCUCCAUCCCUUGUCACAGCCGGACCCCUCCGCAGCCGUGCCCUGCUCUACCGAAUCGCUGCCUUCCUGCAGCUGAAAAACUAUGAUGAAGCAGAUGAAGAUUGCAAACAUGUCCUGGUAGAAGAGAUUGCCAGGGGAGACGGGUCGCUACAGGCCAGCUUGCGCUCCAUGCUGUUGGAUGGCAGCCUGCAGGAGGUGGCCAGCAUCCUCUCUAAAGCCUUGUAUGGAGAGCCAAUGAAUGGCAUUGUUGCAAAAGACCUGACCAGAUUAAAAAUGCUCCUCUCAGAAAUAGAGGCUAUAAAUAGGGACAUGGCGCCAGAAUACACAGAUGACCAGGAGGAAGAGGUUCAAGAUGGCUGGCAGUUCCGGCCUCCUCCCAGAGGAGUCACCAGCAGUGAGGAGUACACCCUCUGUAAAAGGUACUUGGAACAGGGUCUGUGUCGGUACGGGGCCCAGUGUACGUCAGCCCACUCGCAGGAGGAGCUGAUGGAGUGGCAGAAACGCUAUGCGUCACGCCUCAUUCGCCUCAAGCAGCAGCAGGAGAGCAAACACUUCACCGAAAACUACAUGGAGACCCUAAUAGAGAAGUGGAUGAACUCCCUUUCCCCAGAGAAAGUGCUAAGUGACUGUUUAGAAGGAGUGAAUGUAGAAACCAGCUCCAGCCUCUCUGUUACCGUCACCACCAAAAAAUCCUCCCACUCCUGGACCUUCUCCUUGUUGUGCAAGCCGGCUAGAAAGUUGUACCGCAUCGCCUUGCUCUAUGAUGCCCACCGGCCACAUUUCUUCAUCACCGGCGUGUCAGCUGGGGACAGGCUCCAAGCUGUUCCCAAAGGCUGCCAAGAGUGGACUCCAGGAGAGGAAACAGCAUUGGCAGCAGACAAUGGCCUGGACAACUGUGUCUAUAAGGUAGCAGUGAGCUUCAGCACAGAGAUCUUUGGCACCUUCCGACAGACUGUUGUUUUCGACUUUGGCUCAGAACCUGUGCUGAUGCAGCGGAUCAUGGUGGAUGCUGCCUCUAUUGAAGACUUAGAACAUUUGAUGGCAGCCAGGCAGCAGCUCUUGAUCACUGCAAAGCGCUGGGACUCGUCCUGUAAGACCAUUGUGGAAUUCAGUCCAAAUGAGACAAUGGCUGAACUGGAGCGCAGCCUCCUUUCCCGCUAUCAGAUCCCUCUGUCGGCUGACCAGCUCUUCACCCAGUCAGUCCUGGACAAGACUCUAACCAAAGACAACUACCAGGCCCGACUGCAUGACCUGCUCUACAUAGAGGAGAUUGCACAAUAUAAGGAAGUUAGCAAGUUUAACAUCAAAGUGAACCUCCAGCUGGUUAACAGCUUUAUGCUAACCGGCAUUUCUGUUGGAGCCAAGUAUGCCCAGAAUGGACAGCUCUUUGCACGCUUCAAACUCACUGAAACACUUUCUGAGGACACGCUGGCUGGACGGCUUGUGAUGACCAAGGUAAAUUCAGUUCUUCUGCUGCCCUUGGGCCGUGAAGGAAUCAGCAGCCAGCCGCCUCCUGGGGUCAAAGAGCGCGUUUAUGAGGCUGUGAUCGAGGAGAAGACCAAGGAAUACAUCUUCCUGAGGAUCUGCAAGGACUGCUGUGAGGAGCUGGGGCUACAGCCUGACAGAGAAAUACAGGUGGAGCUCCAGUUCCAGCUGAACAGACUGCCACUCUGUGAGAUGCACUAUGCCCUCGAUCGCAUCAAAGAUAACACCAUCCUUUUCCCUGACGUUAGCCUUGUCCCCACCAUCCCCUGGAGUCCCAACAGGCAAUGGGAUGAGCAGCUGGACCCCCGUCUGAAUGCCAAGCAGAAAGAGGCCAUCCUGGCUAUCACCACACCCAUCUCUAUCUCCCUGCCCCCCAUCCUCAUCAUUGGGCCCUACGGCACCGGCAAGACCUUCACCCUGGCACAGGCUGUCAAACACAUCCUCCGCCAAGACCACAGCAGGGUCCUGAUCUGCACCCACUCCAACAGUGCAGCUGACCUUUACAUUAAGGACUACCUUCAUCCUUACGUUGAAGCAGGCAAUCCACAUGCCAGACCUCUCAGGGUAUACUUCAGGAACCGCUGGGUGAAGACCGUCCACCCAGUGGUCCAGCAGUACUGUCUCAUCUCCGGCACACAGGUCACUUUCCAGAUGCCCACAAGGGAGGACAUCCUCAGGCACCGCGUGGUGGUGGUCACCCUUAGCACCUCCCAAUACCUCUGCCAGCUUGACUUGGACCCUGGGUUGUUCACUCAUAUCCUACUGGAUGAAGCAGCCCAGGCCAUGGAGUGUGAAACCAUCAUGCCUUUUGCUCUAGCUAGUAAGACCACCCGCAUCGUGCUGGCUGGGGACCAUAUGCAGCUCAGUCCAUUUGUGUAUAGCGAGUUUGCGCGGGAGCGUAACCUGCACGUGUCACUGCUGGACCGGCUGUAUGAGCACUACCCCCCGGAGUUCCCCUGUCGCAUCCUCCUGUGCGAGAACUACCGUUCCCAUGAAGCUAUCAUCAACUACACAUCAGAGUUGUUUUAUGAUGGGAAGUUAAUGGCAAGUGGGAAGCAGCCCUCCCAUAAGGACUUCUACCCCCUGACCUUCUUCACAGCCAGAGGAGAAGAUGUCCAGGAGAAGAACAGCACUGCCUACUACAACAAUGCUGAGGUUUUUGAGAUUGUGGAGCGGGUGGAGGAGCUGCGCAAGAAGUGGCCGGUGGCCUGGGGGAAGCUGGACGAGGGCAGCAUCGGAGUGGUGUCACCAUACGCCGACCAGGUGUUCCGCAUUCGUGCUGAGCUGCGAAAGAAGAGAAUGCACGAGGUCAGCGUGGAAAGAGUGCUCAAUGUCCAAGGUAAACAGUUUCGGGUGCUGUUCCUCAGCACGGUGCGGACGCGGCAUACCUGCAAGCACAAGCAGACAGCCAUCAAGCGCAAAGAACAGCUGGUUGAGGACUCGACAGAGGACCUUGACUAUGGCUUUCUCUCCAAUUACAAGCUACUCAACACGGCCAUCACCAGAGCCCAAUCCUUGGUUGCGGUCGUGGGAGACCCCAUAGCACUGUGCUCCGUCGGACGCUGCAGAAAAUUCUGGGAGCACUUUAUCUCCAUCUGCCACGAAAACUCCAGCCUACACGGCAUCACCUUUGAGCAGAUCAAGGCUCAGCUGGAGGCCCUGGAGCUCAAGAAGACCUAUGUCCUCAACCCCUUGGCCCCAGAGUUCAUCCCACGUGCCCUCAGACCCCUGCAAGGGCACCACUCUUCUUCACAGGCCCUCCAUCCCCACCAUCAUCCACAUCCUCAGCAUGCACAGCCCACCCCCAACAAGCAGGGUCCACAACAGCAGCAGCAACAACAGCAGCAGCAGUCACCCCCUAAGGGGAAGCAUGCAAACCACACAGACCACCUGCCACCUGAAGGAUAUGUCCAACCCAACCCAGCCGUGCUGAUGGGGAACCCGAUUCGAGCAUUCACACCACCAUUGGGUGGCACACCAGCUGGCAUGGGCAAGUCACCCAGUCCUGUGCAGAGGAUAGAUCCUCAUACAGGUGCCAGCAUCCUCUACGUCCCAGCCGUAUAUGGUGGAAACAUGGUCAUGUCCAUGCCCUUGCCUUUGCCUUGGCCCGGUUACCAGAAUCGCUUUGCUGUGGACCCUCGCAUCAUGAGCCACCCCGCAGCCAUGGCCUACAACUUCAAUCUGUUGCAGGCCCAGAAUCGAGGCUCCCCCAUCCCUUACAGCGGGGUUGCCCACCCCUCUCCUCUAGGCAUGGGCCAGCCCAGCCCUGACAAGGAGCUCCAAGCAGACCCCAUCAGAAAUGGUAAAUUAGAAGGAUGUCCAAAGUCAGAACAAAGCCGUCUUCAGACACCAGAGAGGAAAACCACUGACAUGAAGGAAAAACAGGGAGAUUUAGACACAGGUCAAAGUCGAAGUCUAGACUCACAGACGGACGGGCUAGUUGGAUUCCCCAACACGCUGCUCCAUCGAAAAGACCCCUCAGCUGCCCAGAGACCCCUCAACUACCACCUGGCACCACCCAACCCAGCUUUUCCUCCACAUCCUGCCAGUGGAAGACCCUUCCCCCCACAGUAUCCAGUCUCCAGGCUUCCUUAUCGGGUCAGCCAGCCUCAGCACCCAGGGAUGGCCCAGCAGAGUCAACAGCAGCAGCAACAGCUCAGUCCUGCCUACACUGGUGGUAGCCAUAACGCUUCCUUCUUCAGUGGCCCCAUACCCCCACACAGGGCUGUCCAGUCACCCACUUUGGAUGGGCCAGAGUCUGGAGGGGUGGAAGAGAUUAGUAGCUCCAUUAGGACUCCAAUGGGCCACCCAGGAGGCCACCACCCAAGCCUGUCACAGCAUAACAGGGUCAAUAGCUUUGGGGAGGAUGGACAGGAUGGAAGCCUGGGAGAUGGUCUGGACCUCCAGGGUCCCCUGGCUUUAGAGGCCCUGAGCCAGCAGCAGCAGCAGCAGCAACAGCAGCAGCAGGCAGCCAGGCUGGGCCAGUGGGGGGAGGCAGCAGGCCACUUCCUUCAGGGCAGCGUCGCCUUCCCUUUGCCCCAACAGCUUGCUCACCUUGCUCAGCCCGGCAUGGCCCGCAUCCCCCAUCAACUGCUCCGGGCAGCUAGUUGGGGCCUUGGUGCCAAUAUGGAGGAUGAAGCUGUUUCUUCUGCCUCCACUGGACCCCCUUACUCCAGGUACCCUGGCCUUUUGAGAGAGAUGCCCCCACAGGAACAGCCUGAACCCAGGGAAGCAGCUGAGAUGCAGCCCCCACCUCAGUCUCGCCUUCUCCAGUACCGGCAGUCCCAGUCCCGUGCCUCAGGUGACCCUUCAUCCUCUUUAGCCACCACCUCCAAUCAUGCUGGCCCUUUCCCUUCAGGACCUUACGCCCAUGACACCAGUCGUGACCUCAUUAACGACAACCUUCUCAACAACCCAGCUCUGCAGCAGCACCCGGGGAACCCCCUGUACAAUACUGGUAGCUACCCACAUCAGCCACCAGCUCACUCUGCCAGCCCCCCUCCCUCCCAGGUCAAAUACCUUCUGCAAGAGGCCCAGUGGUCCCACAGUGGAGCUGCAUCAGUAAGCCCACCACAACAGAACCACCUGUUAGGCAACCAGGGCCACGGCCUUCCUUAUGGACUGCCCAUCAUAGCUCACCACAGCAGGCAGGAGCAAGUCCACCUGAUGCAACUUCACCAUCAGCACCAGCAGCAUCAGCAUCAGCAGCAACAACAACAACAACAACAACAACAACAGCAGCAGCAGCAGCAGCAGCAGCAACAGCAACAACACCACCACCAACAAAGUCAAGGUCCAGACCAGGAGUCCUACCACCCACUGUCUCCCAGAACAUCAGCAGCCACAGUCCUUCACAACGUAGAUGAGUAUGAACCCAGGGGUCCGGGCCGGCCUCUCUAUCAGCGCCGUAUCUCCUCCAGCUACCCAGAUGAACCAUCUCCAGCUAACACCCACAAUGCCCUGUCCCAGCAGUCCCAGCCCUGUACAUCAGACCCCCAGGACCACCCUCAUCCACACAUACAGCAUCAUCAACACCCACAUGCCCACUACGUUUAUCCCUCACAUGACCCCUGGCCCAGUAAUGGUGGGGGUCCCGGUCCGUUCCAGAACAUUCCAUGUAACGGAGCCGGCACACUCGCUCAGCACCGGGAAAUUCUGGCUUCCAAGGCCCUUCGUCAGACGGAGGAGCAGGCAAAGGCCGAGGCCACAGCAGCACAGCAGACGCACCCACACUCCCUCAACUCCCUUCAGCACCUUGGACAGUUUCCUCCUCUCUUGACCCAAUAACAACAGCCGCCUCCACCACCACCGCCGCCACAGGCUCCCACAGAGCCCAGCCAGGUGGCUCCAAAUUUAAACAAACCACCCACAAUGUCCUACGCGAGCGCCCUCCGUGCUCCACCCAAGCCCCGAGCUGUUCGCCCUGAACAGGUCAAAAAGAACAGCGACCCUCUCUCCCUCCUUCAAGAGCUGAGUAUAGGAAGUUCAAAUGGUAGCAAUGGGUACUAUUCCUAUUUUAAAUGAGUGUCACUUCUCCCACAUAAUAAAUAAGUGAUGAAAUAAAAAACAAAAUAAUAAAAAACUUAAAAAAAAAAAGGCAAAACUUUUUCUAAAAACAAAAAAAUAGUGCAAAGUGCAUUUACAAAUUGUUUCUAUCAGUAGGAUUGUUUUAUGCAUUUUGUUUCAUUUUAACUUUUUAUUUGUUGUUUUUCCUGUUUCACAUAUCUGUGAAGAAAAUAAGUAUAUAUAAUGAAUGCAUUACUGGUAUAUAUACAUACUCAUUAUGUAUAUAUGAAUAUAUACUUAUAUUAUCUACACUUGUAUAUGUACGUAAUGCUAAAAAAAAAGAUAUAAAAAAUUAAUAAAAAAAGGCGAGACUUGGUUGACCACUUAGCUUCCUGCUUAAUUUUCCUUACUGAAGUUGGUUUUGUUGGUUACUAUAUAAGUAUGUUGAAGUUUUAUCAUUUUGUAUUCCUCAGUUUUGCGUGGACGUUAUGUCUUGAUUUUCAGACUACUGUAGUUGUGGUAAUGGACGAAAGCUAAGCGGUCAACUGACACAGAAACUACAUGGAACAGUGUAUAGAAGUAGAUAAUUUUUCCUCUAAUCUGUACAUAGAAACAAAGAAAAUAAAAGACUGAAUUGUAUGCCACAGACAUGUCCUUAAAUUCCUGUAUCAUGCUAGCAUUUGCAUUUGCAUUAUGAAUUCUUUUCCGUUUGUUGGCUUCUGAUCCUUAAUUCUUAGACAUCUUUACCUGGGAAUCAUCUUCAGUGAUUUUAGUGGUAAAUGUGAUUAUUUACCGAAAAAUAACAAUACAGAUAUUGAUAGCACAUUUCACUUUUCACCAAUGCCUCAUCAGCAACAAUAGAUAAAGUAUGAAAAUGUCAAAAUAGCAACAACGAUGUCAUUCCUCCUUUGGUUUGCUUUAAGGAUCAGAGAACACCAGACAUCUCUUUCUGUGAUAAGAUUAUCCCAAACUGCUUCGCUUGUGGCAGAUGCUCAGUCAUUUUAUUUUAUUUUAUUUCUUCUUUUUGUUUUUUUUUUGUUUUUUUUGGGGGGGGUUCUUUGAGUUAGUUCUUUGAGAAAGUCAUUACAUUUAUGGCAGAGUUACUUCUCAACCCAUGUCAAAUGGGGUGUCAACAAAAUCUUCACCAGGGAAAUAACUGCUGGGGAUAUGAAAUGUGGUUGUUUGUUUGUUUGUUUUUUUUUGUUUGUUGGUUGUUGAUUUUUUUUAUGGACAAUGAGUUUUUUGAAGAGGUUGCAGUACUCUGAGGGUUUGUGAAAGUGAAGAGAGUGGUGAGGUCAGAGUGGCGUGUCAUAAUAGGCAAGUUGAAUCUGAGGGUGUGAUCAACACUGCCAGUCAAACAUUUUUGAACGCAAUAAUUUUUUUGCGUUUUUGGUUAAAUCUUAAGUAUAUUAACUCUGACAUAUAGCCUGCAAUUUGAAAAUAUGUUUAAAGAAUAUUGUGUGUGUGAAAUGUUCAUGGCCUUUUUUUUAUUGGAAAUGGUCUAGCUCUCCGACACUCUGUUGCAAAUAGCAUACUGUGUACCAUUCUGAUAGCUGUUGUUCUCACAGAUGUUUUGCAAUCAGAGAUUUUCCCACUUCAUAGAUGCCUUUUCCUAGAGUAAGAUGGAUUGCCCAAAGAUCCUUCUUAAUUUUCUCUCUAUGACAAUCUUUUAAUCCCUGAGUAAUAUGAAUCUUUUGGUAAAUAAUGACCACUUAUCUCUUUCCUGAGCUGGUAUUUGCUUGCAGUUUCACCACAUGCAUAGAUCGUUUUUGAUAAAAUUGAAAGUCAGAGGCACGUCCCUAUUCUUAAUCAUGUUUUCUAAUUGCAGGGCAUUAAAACAAACAGUUCUACUGCCCCUUUCAACACACUGCUUGAGAUUUAACUCAAAAAACAAGCAAAGGUAACUUUACAAUAAGCUGUUCAAAAAGGUCUGACUUGUAGUGUGUCUGUGUGUUUUUAGGCUGUGUAUAAUAAGAAUGAAUUGGUAACGUCGUGGAAGUUGUUCCUGGUCGUUCAGAGAAUUGAAUUAUACACUUUUUUUUUUUUUUUAGGUUGACCUGAUUGAUAUAAAGACAUUACAGCGGUAGAUGGAUCUCAUUCCCUUUAAUUUAAUCGUAAAAGCGCUGACCACGCUUUUCAUCUGCUCCAGCCACAUACAUUUUUCUCUUGCGUCCCAAAAACACUCGGCAAACGUAACGCAGGAACAUUCGUAUUUGAAUUCCAGUCAGAGCGCUGCUUGUUAUUGUUUGACACACAAGGAGGCCACACAGCUACGUGCACAUGCAUUUCACUGCAGGUAAAAUAUAAAAAAAGAUGCUGAUACAGUAUAUCUGCCAAUGUUUUUCCCUCAUGAUAAAAGCAAUACUGGAAACCGUCAUCCAGUGCUUGGGUCCUGUUAUAUGUAAUUCAUUAGUUGUUAAAACACCACUGCCCUAUCUGCAAAUUGGUCUAAUUGUAAUUAAACCAUCUGGCUAUGUCAUGGUUUUCAUAAUUCAGUUAGUUACUAUGAAAUCUUAUAAAAAUGUCACUUCCCCAGACAAGCUAAUACCCUACAGCUAACUACUUAGAUGUGUUUUGAACAAGUCAGCGGAGAGCUUCAUACAAACUAUGGUUUUGUUUUUAAGUUUUGACGUUGUAAUUCAAAGGUCCAGAUUUUUUGACUUAGCGGAGAACAACACAUACUUGUAAAUAUGCAUUUUAUAGGUAUUUACAAACAAGAACUUUGGGAGCGCCUCAAUUUUGUAGAAGCUGUUCAAAGAAGAGGUAUGCCCUUUUUAAUUAUGCAAAUUCACAAAAAAAAUAAUACUAUUAAUAAUUCUAGAAAUGGACAAAAACAACCCAGUUGGUAGUUGCAACGUGUUGUUGUAACUUUUUAAUUUUCCUUUCUUUUUUUUCUUUUUUUUUUUUAAAGACGGUGUCUGGCUGAUUUGACAAAGAGGAGACUUUAUGUUGCAGCUGUUAAAAGAUGACUUAUUUCACUGUACAAUACAUAUUUUUAGGUAUAUGUUGCUGGAUUUGUCCUGUUUUCUCACCACUUUACAGCUGUACAACAAUCUACAUGGAUUUUUUUUUCUUCUUCUUCUUUUGUUUUUUGUUUUUUUUUUUGUAAUGUGAAGACUGUUUUUCUUUUCAUGCAUGUUGAGAUGACCUGGCUGGUUUUUAUCCCUGUUUUUAUCAGUUUGUAUUGAUUUGUGGAUGAAAAAAAAGAAAGAAAAAAAAAAAAAGCUUUUGUUCAACCUACAGAGUCAAAUUUUGGUAUAUUAUUUGAUGUGUACAAUAACUUGUGACAUUAUCAACGAAACUAUUAUAAUAUUUUACUAACAUGUCAAUCAAAUAUGUAAUGGUCAUGUAAGUUCUCUUUUUUUUCUGCAGUUACUUAGCAGGGCUUAAAGCUGAGGUUGCUCCCUAGCGUGUGUUGAAUUCCCGAAAAGCUUCAGACACGUUUGUUUGGGCGAUCAAUUUUCCACAAAGCAGUCGUUGGCUAAUCUCUGAAGUUGUGCAAUACUAAUAUUUCACCGCUUCUCCAGCUACACUUUUAUUUAUUUUUGAAGCAGAAGAGAUUGAGCCAAAGACAUUUUAAAGGGAUUUUAUUUACAAUGUUUUUUCUUUUUUUCCUAAAAAACAUCUUUGUAUUUCAAAAAAGUUAGUUUGACAGGAUCCUUGCUCGGAAAUGAAGGGCACUGACUCUUCAAAUGAAGUUGGAUUUGAAAUGUUUUCACCUCCCAGUAUUGCACCAUAUAUCACCAUCUGAAGUUUAUUCUUUUCUUGAAAACAUUCUGCGUUGCCUUUUGAAGAAAAAAGCGAAACCAACUUGUGUAUGUGUAUGCGUGUGGGGGGGGGGUGGCAGGGUGGGAGGUGGCAGGCACAUGAAAAGGGAGCAACCUUUUGCCCAGCCAGUAGAGAGCACUGUGUUCAGCCUUCUAUAAACGCCACAUCUCUUCUUGUUAUCUGUUUGCUCUCCUCUGUUCUUCCCUCGCUGCAGUGAAUCAAUGGCACACCUGUUCUCCCAGCUUCCCAGUCCCAUUGGUUCCUCCCUCGUGGGUACAAAAUAAUGAAUAGAUCUGUUUUACUCUUCUUCAUUUCAAUUGGUGGUGGUUAUAAUAAAGGAUUUAGACUGUGUUUCAAAGGUUUAUUUUCUUUUUUAUUUGUUUCUCUAUUAAAGUGUUUUUAUUGAAA